AUGGCGCUCGUAAUUCGUGAGUCGGGCAGCCUGAAACCAGAAAUUCGCCUUGCCCAGGCAGUGUCUGAGUUUGAAGCCUUACUCACAUCAGAGCAGAAAUCAAUGUUUAGGACGUCACGCGACCGGGCAGUCAGCACAGCACCAACGAUGUCAGAUGUCAUGCGGUUAACAGCCGAAAUCGAUCUGAAAGCUACUAGCAAACAUGGUCGUGGACGAUGCUUUGGACCAAGAAUGACGAAUACACUCCAGGCCAUUCAGCAGUUUGCAGCUUUGGGGGAUAUCGUAGUUGGCGGAGGGCAGAAUCUCAUCGCUUGCGGAGUUUGGGCCGUUGCAAGGUUCACUCUUCAUACCAUCAUAGGGUACUAUACAUAUCUGGAAAGCCUGUCACAGCUCUUCAUGGCGAUUGGUCGAAAUGCACCACGCUACCAAACCAUGGCAGCGUUAUACCCGAAGUCGAAAGCCCUACAAGUCAAUCUAUGCGAGUAUUUCAUUGUCAUCACUAAGCUAUGCCAUCAGUCAGUAUUAUGGACUAAGAAGUCCGCCUUGGGCCGAUUCGCCUCCACGAUGAACGAUCCUCAAAUGAAGAAAUUCAAAGAUGAUCUUGACCUAUGGUCUUCAGCCAUCAAGGAAGAAACAAACCUUUUGCUGAAUCAGACAAUUGUUGAAGAAGCGAAGGAAAGUUCCAUUUUCCGCUCUCUGACCACAUUUCGCUCCGAAUCUUCCAAUAAACAACGGAGGAUCGAGAAGUCAUAUCGCUUUUUGGACAAAUGCUCGAAGCAUGACUAUCGAAUGACCUGGAAGCAAAUUCGUAAAUGCGGAACAACUGGGACGUUAAACCAUUAUCAAGCGUAUCGGCAAUGGAAAGAAGGAUCUGAAGACACCUCUAUUCUUUUCCUUGGAAAGCUUGGUGCUGGAAAGUCCGUUCUGCUAGCCAACAUUGUCGAUGAUCUCAAUCUGGAGAACAACGGAAUAACUCUUUACUUUUUUGCAAGACACGACAAUGAGAGCAGCAUGAAGACUAGGACAAUUCUAGGGUGUCUCAUACGACAGCUUCUGGAGCAUGUCAUGAACGACAGCAGCUUUGAUCAUCUAUUUUUUGAGUCAGCAUCUGACCUUGACUCGACCAUCAUCGUUGAUCUCUUCCAGCGAGCGAAGCCCGGCAAGGCAUCCAUAGUGCUCGACGGUCUGGAUGAAUGCGAAUUGGAGGUUCAACGAACAGUUCUGGCGCACUUGGUCAAGAUACAGGAAUUUGGAUACAAGAUAUGCUUGUCAGUGCGGACACCCCACAAUGUCUCAGUCUGGAGAACAGAAUCCUUUGACUUCAACGUUGUCAUACCAGAAGAAAAUCCAGAUAUAUCGGAUUUUAUCAACGCAGAAGUCGACAGCAGAGUUGACGAUGGAAGACUUGUUAUUCGAGAUCCAAAUCUGGUUGAAGAAGUUAAGAAAGAGCUUAUCACAGGGGCAAACGGAAUGUUUCUUUGGGUAUCUUUGCAACUUGACUCCAUCUGCGAUGAAGUAUCAGACCACGAUAUUCGAGAAGCCAUUCAUGAUUUACCCAGUGACUUGACGGAAACAUUCAAGCGUAAUCUUUCGAAAGCAAGUUCAAGAGACUCCAAGAACCUCCAUGUCCGAAUCUUCAAGCUUCUAGUUGGUGCACGAGAGCUAUUGACAGCUGACGAACUGCGACAAGCCGCAAGCGUCACUAUAGGCCAGACACUAUGGGAUGCGGACAAAGAGAUAACAAGCAUACAUCCGGUCCUCAAGUUCUGCGGUAGUCUGGUGAUGGUGGACGAAGAAGACGACACUGUCCGAUUUAUUCAUCACAGCGCACGCAGUUUUUGUCUAGAAGAGCUUCACUGUCUAACUGACUUGAGCUUUACUCAGAUGGAAGCAAACCAGCACAUGGCUGAGACGCUAAUAACGCUUUCGAAGGAUGUAGUGCCCAACAUAAAUGCGAGCCAUAUGCCCAAGGUAGUGGCGGUUAAGGCUAUCGGCUCGCAUCAUAUGGGAACCAGUAUCGCAAACAAGCUCCUGAGUUCGAGGUCGAAACUGAAAAGAGAUAUCGGUCCGGUUCUAGCGAAGCGGAAGGGAAAUCACAACCAGGGAGAUCACUUCCCAUUGGCAAGUUAUGCAAAGCGGCACUGGUUACACCAAACAUCUCAUCUGGAAGAGCUCCCGUCACUACCACAAUGGCACACCUUGCUUGACCAUCCUUCGUUUGGUAUCGAUGAGGACAAUCUUCCGGUUCCUGUCAUCAUCCCACACCCUCUGCUGAAAUCAAUAGAUCGGCUUCUAUUCAAUGCCGAAAGUUCUAAAUUUCGAAGCCGGUGGAAACGCCCGAUAGCAACAAAGUCAAUCUCAAGUUGGGUGUCUCCUCAAUGGGCCAGGAUGAUUUGGGCUCUUUCUUUUGGACAUAUUCUUGUUCUGAAACACGAGCUCACGAAAUGUCGAGGCGUCCAAAGAAUACGGAGCUACGUCCAUCUCUGGACAUUGCUGAGGCGCAUUGGCCUCUAUGCCCCCUCAGUCAUUCAGAAGGAUCUGGACUAUAACCUGAUCCGAUGGCUAAGUCCUAUGUUUGUCAACCUUGUGAUGCAGCACCCCGCCAAAGAAUAUUUUCUUGGACGCAUCCCAGUAUCAGAUAGCUUGCACUAUGAACUCAUCUCCAGAGCCAUCGAGAGACACGACAUUGUGUCUGUCUGCGCGCUUGUGAGAUUUGAUUAUGACCAACUGGGGAAACUGUCCAUCAUGGAGUGGCAUGCCAGAAAUGGAUGGAUGAAGAACUGGGUCGCCGUACCUCCCAUCCUUCAUAUGUCAAUGAUGGGACAUGGAAAUACGCAUGUUGUGAGAUUAGCUAUGCAACAUGAUGAGCAUUGGUUGUUUGAUAUCAUUUCAUGGCUUUGCCUGGUGCAGGUUACGAAUUUCUCGUGGUAUAAAGGAUUCUCAAGGGCGUUUGAUGUAUUCAGAGAAGUGGGAGUGCCUGAACGUGACAUUAGACUAUUGAAGAGUGUGUCAAGUGAUAACAAAAUAGCCGUGUCCGGCAUUACAAGUAGCAACUACGGCACUUGUGGCGAUCCGGUCUCGAUCUGA